CCAGUCAACAGCACGUGAUAAGUUAUGUCAUUGUUUCGCCGUUGUAACCGAGCGGACGUUAACUCUCGGUCACUCGGCGAUAACCUUCCCCUCGACCGGUACCUACGCCCGCUGCUCUCCUCUGUGUUUCGUUGUAAUGCAUUAACAAACUGUCAUCACUGAGCAAGAAUGAAGUGUUUUGUGGUGUUGCUUGCUCUGUCGGCAGUCACAGCUGCAUGGCAGGGACCUUUCCGAAAGUAUUUAUCGAGUGGUGUUGACCUUACGAUCCCAGCGGAAGAUUGGGAAGAUGCCGGGAAGCCCCUCUUCCUUACCCCCCUUUUGGAAGCUGGGAAAGUUAAGGAAGCAAGGUCCUUAAGUCGCGUCAGCAUGGGCCAUCGCCACGGACACAGUUUCUCUGGUUAUUUCACGGUUAACAAAGAGUACAACUCCAACCUCUUCUUCUGGUUCUUCCCUGCGAGAUCCAAGCCAGAGAAUUCCCCGGUCUUGGUGUGGCUUCAAGGAGGGCCUGGUGGCUCCUCCCUGUUUGGUCUCUUUGCUGAACAUGGACCAUUUGCCAUUGACCAAGACCUUCACAUUGUUCCGCGCAAAUAUCCCUGGACAAAGACUCACAAUGUCCUUUACAUUGACAACCCAGUGGGGACAGGGUUCAGUUUCACAGAAGACGAUGCAGGGUAUGCCAGGAACCAGACGGAUGUUGGCCGUGAUCUGUAUGCGGCAGUUCUGCAGUUUUUCACCCUCUUCCCGGAGCUGCAACGGAAUAGCUUCUUUGUCACUGGAGAAUCAUAUGCCGGGAAAUAUGUUCCUGCUUUAACAUACACCAUUCACAAGGAGAACCCAACAGCAAAGCUCAAAAUUAACUUAAAAGGUAUGGCGAUUGGUGAUGGCCUGUGUGACCCUGUGUCAAUGGUUGACUAUGGAGACUUCCUGUACCAGAUUGGCCUUAUCGAUGACUUAGACCUCAUCUACUUCAAGCAGGAGAGUGCCAAGGCGGUGGAUUUCAUCAAACAGCAGGAGUGGAUCAAAGCCUUUGAGGUGUUCGACAGCCUUCUGAAUGGGGACAAAACGGAAGGCCCGUCUUACUUCACCAAUGUCACUGGACUUACGAACUACUUCAACUUCCUAGCACAAGGGGAACCUAAGGACAUGGGUUACUGGGAGCAGUACAUCAACCGGCCUGGAGUGCGAAGGGCCAUUCACGUUGGUAAUCUGACUUUCCAUGAUGGCUCUGUGGUGGAGACUCACCUUAUGGAGGACAUCAUGAAGAGUGUGAAGCCGUGGAUUGAAGAGUUGUUGGACAACUACAAUGUGUUGAUAUACAACGGGCAGCUGGACAUCAUCAUAGCCUACACCCUGACUGAGAACUUCCUGAAGAACCUUAAGUGGGAACGCAGUGAGGAGUUCAAGAGCUCCCAGCGGUACAUCUGGCGUGUGGAUGAUGAUGUGGCUGGGUACGUGCGAGAAAUCCCUGGGUUGGUUCAGGUGAUGAUUCGCAACGCUGGUCACAUGGUCCCGUAUGACCAGCCCAAGUGGGCAUAUGACAUGAUCAGUCGCUUCACAUCGGUCAAGUCCUUCUCAGAGGCUUAAGGUCUGUUUUAGAUGUGUUUGACUGGCUGCGUGAAAUCACUUGGUCUGAUUUAGGAUUAUGUGUGUGGAAAGAACUACUUGUUUUUUCCUUAUGAUGAGAACAAGAAGAGGAAGGUUCAUUGAAGGUCUUAUUAAUUAUAAUGAACUUACAGGUUGUCACUGAGAAAGUUUCCUGGAGAAGAUAUAGAUUUAGUCAUACCUCAAAGGUUGUACUGAUACAUAGUGUACACUGUGAUAUUUACCAGUGAUUUUCUCCCUUUUUGUAGCAUUUUUCUGCUGUAUGAGAGUUUGCUCACGAGGUAUUCACAUAUAAAUGUGCUGCUGUUUCAAUAGGGUCAGCUAUUGUUCUGAAUGGAUAGUAUUUUGUGAAAUAGUGUAAUAUAUAUUGCAUUUGAAAAUAUGUUCAACAGGAAGUAUAUAUUCCUUUUAUUUAAAAUUUUCAUAUGCUUUUUAGGUACAGAAGAUACAGUGGAUUAGACAUAAUUGACAUACUUAGAAAAAUAUCCUGUAUCUUGCAAAUUUAAGAUCUGAGGAUUGAUUAGAGAUGGUAUAUAUUGACUUAUAGAUAAUAUUAUAUUGACUUAGAUAAUACUCAUUAACAAAAUGACAUUUUUAUUUCAUUCAAUAUGAGUAAUGAUAAAACAAGUGAGAGAUCUGUUUUUUAAUCACUGUGUAAAGAAAUUAUCUUAUUUUUUGUAGAUGCAAAAGUAUGAAUAAAAUAAUUAAUGUAA